AUGGCUGGGGAAAUUGUUUAUGCUGAUUUAAGUAAUCUUGGGGAUUGUUCUUCUCCUGCUGGGAAACACCAUGCUCCUCCCUCCUGUCCCUGGUGGCACAGGUUCCUCCUCAAAGCCGGAGCCCUGGGGCAACUCAUCCUGCUGGUCCUGGUUGUGGUACUGAGCAUACGAGCCUAUGUUGGCUGCAAGCUGUGUCCCCAGGACUGGCAGCUCCAUGGGGAAAGAUGCUACUGGCUUUCUGAGGAAUUGGGAAACUGGACUCAAGGCACAAAAAGCUGUGAAAAUCAAGACUCUCAGCUGGUGGUGCUCCAGGACAAGAAAGAAAAGGAGCACAUCAAGUCUGUUACAUUCAGAAGCCUGCAGCCAGUGUGGAUUGGAUUAAGGUCACAGCAGAAGGAGUGGAGAUGGGUGGACAACACACCCUUCAACCCCAAAAUGUUUGGCACCCUGAAGGAGAUGGAAGAAGAAGGAUGCGGGACGCUGAAAGCCAAGGCCUUGGAGGUUAAUAGAUGCGAUGCCGAACACAAGUGGGUUUGCAAAAAGAAACCUUUCCUGCUCUACCCAGUAACACCAGGAGUUGGGGAGAAAUGUGUUGCCUCCAUCUGA